UCAGCCCUCCACACCAAAGCUCACCGAAACUCCAACCCCCACCCCCCCUCUCUCUCAAAAUUUCGUGUCUAGAGUGAGAAAGAAUAAAGAAGGGAGAGAGAGUGUAUACAUACAUAUAUAUAUAUAUAAUAUAGAUACAUAUAUAUUAUAUAUAUAUAGAUAGAGAGAGAGAAGUGUGUUAAGAUGGCGAUUCCGGAAGCUGAGCGCCAACGAGUCAGGGCUCGAGCGGCGGUUCGGGAGCCGGUUCGAGGUAGGAUUCCACGACGGCGGUUGCUGAGGGUGGCGUCGGUGGCGUGCGGGAUACAAUUCGGGUGGGCUUUGCAGCUCUCGCUUCUGACGCCGUACGUGCAAGAGCUGGGGAUUCCACACGCUUGGGCCAGCGUGAUAUGGCUCUGCGGUCCGCUCUCCGGCUUCUUGGUCCAGCCGUUGGUCGGCCACAUGAGCGACCGCUCCACCAGUCGAUUCGGACGCCGGAGACCGUUCAUCCUCGCCGGAGCAACUGCGAUUAUCAUCGCCGUUCUCGUCAUCGGCUUCUCGGCCGAUAUCGGAUGGUUGUUCGGGGACAGAGGUGGGACUAAGAAGAGAGCUGUGGUUGCUUUUGUGAUAGGGUUUUGGUUGCUCGAUGUUGCUAACAACAUGACUCAGGGACCUUGUAGAGCUUUGCUUGCCGAUCUCACUGGAAAGGAUCACCGAAGGACUCGAGUGGCAAAUGCUUAUUUUUCGCUUUUUAUGGCUGUUGGUAAUGUUCUCGGCUUUGCCACUGGAGCAUUCAGUAACUGGUACAAGAUUUUCCCAUUCACUGUCACUUCCUCAUGCAAUGUCAACUGUGCCAACCUCAAGUCUGCUUUCAUUCUUGACAUUGUUUUUAUUGCAAUCACUACAUAUGUGAGCAUCUCUGCAGCCAACGAGUUGCCCCUAAAUUCCAACAAUGGAUCUGCCCCUGAAGAAAGGUUGGAGCAGUCAAGCCAUGCUGAAGAAGCUUUCCUCUGGGAAUUGUUUGGAACUUUCAGAUAUCUCACAGGGCCAAUCUGGGUAAUCCUUCUUGUUACUUCCCUGACUUGGAUUGGAUGGUUUCCAUUUCUUCUCUUUGAUACUGAUUGGAUGGGUCGAGAAAUUUAUCGCGGCAAGCCAAAUGAAGGGCAGAGUUAUCAUGUUGGAGUGAGAAUGGGUUCGUUUGGUCUGAUGUUGAAUUCUUUAGUUCUUGGGAUAACUUCAGUUCUGAUGGAGAAGCUCUGUCGGAAGUUGGGAGCCGGUGUUGUGUGGGGAAUUUCAAACAUCCUUAUGUCGUUCUGCUUUGUAUCAAUGCUCAUACUUUCUUACAUAGUGAGCAAUAUGGACUUUGAACCCGAUGAUCUACCUCCAAAUGGUGUUGUAAUUGCUGCGCUAAUAGUUUUUGCAAUUCUUGGCAUUCCAUUGGCGAUCACUUACAGUGUUCCAUAUGCCUUGAUAUCCACACGUAUUGAGUCUUUGGGACUUGGCCAAGGGUUAUCAAUGGGUGUUUUGAACCUGGCGAUUGUGGUCCCACAGGUUGUGGUGUCUGUUGGAAGUGGACCAUUGGAUCAGCUUUUUGGUGGUGGUAACUCACCAUCCUUAGCUGUGGCAGCAGUCGCAGCCUUUGCCAGUGGACUUGUAGCCAUCUUGGCUAUUCCUCGAUCUAGGUCUGAUAAGUCCGGGUCCCAUCAUUGAGGCACGGAGGCUGAAGGCUCCUCACUUUGAGACACUCUCAACUCUGUCAUGAGAGAAGGGAUACAAAUUAAAUGGUUGGUAUUGGAGCACGUAGUCGUCUUGCAGUGUUCCCUUUCCUCAUUCUGUUGGUUCUCCAUAUAUUUAUCUUUUGUCACCCCAUUAGCACCAUUGGUCCCAUACUUUCACACAGCACCAUCAACCCCAUAUGCUCAUCGAGAUAACAUUUUUUAUUACUAGUAAAAAGUGGGGAAAAAAAAUCCUCUAUAUGUAUCCCUCUGGCAAGAAAUUGUUAGAUAGUUUUUGAUCGUAUGUCACUUGAUGGUUCGGUUCAAUCAAAAUUCAUUUUCAGGUUUCUUUGUAA